CCCAUAAUCAUGGGAUAAAGGAAAAGUGUCACGUCACUACGCUGAUGGAACUGGGAAUAAAUCGUAACCAGGCACUUGUGAAAAAGCUCAACAACUGGGUUCUCUUUUAGGAGCCAGCACAGAAUUUUCCAACACUCAACUCUUCUUAACCUGAUACUUCUCAACCUGACCCUGCAGCCAUCAGAAAUGUUCAGAUCUCCCUUAACAUCCAUUUUGCUGACUUAAAAAAAAAAAAAGUGAAUGAGAAUCCCGACUGAGACCCAGAGACCUUUGAGGCUUUGACAUGAUAAAAUCAGAAGAAAUGGGGAAAAUUGUGGAAGGAUCUGGAAGCCAUUAUUCCAGCUGGAGAGCUUCCCAGGGGGCAGAGGACCCGUUACCACCCAGGGCCGAGACGCCAGAGACCCCCCCACCCGGGACUUCCGAGCUGGGGACGCCGCCGCCUUACGAAUGCCCAACCAGCCCCCAGCUGUGGUCUCGGAACUACGAGAGGUGGCGGAAGGGAUGGGACAGAGAACUUUUGAUCAACCGGGGCUUCAGACUGCACGACUGGGCGGAGGCCUCUCCUCUCUACUCCCCUCUCCCGCCCGGGCAGCGCCCGCGGCCGCGCAGCCUCCAGCAUCCGCCUUCAUCUUUUCCCCGGGUUAGAAUAUUCCGGAGUCCCACCCCCGCCCCUCCCGGUUACCCGGGCAACCGCCAACAGGGAGUGGGAGAAGCGGAGAGGAGGAGGAGCGGGGGGCGGGACUUCCUGAGGGUGACGCGCCCUCGCUCGGCUACAAAACUCGCCGGAUGCGACGCCCCGAGCGGAACUUUCCAGAAAACUCGGCGAGAAGCGGAGUGCUGCAGCUGCCGCUGCCCGUGCUCCGCGCACAAGAGCUCGCGCCCCCAUCCCCCAAUCUUCUCUUUCUUCCACUCGAUCCCCCAACAUCCCCACCGGUUUCUGGGGGGUCCCCUUUCACCCCACCCCGGACGAGGGCAUUUCGACACCCGGCGUACCGCGAGCGUCGCUCCCCGGCUAUCCAAAAUGGUGAAGGAAACUACUUAUUAUGAUGUUUUGGGGGUAAAACCCAAUGCCUCCCAGGAAGAACUGAAGAAGGCAUAUAGAAAACUAGCCUUGAAAUAUCACCCAGAUAAAAAUCCAAAUGAAGGAGAAAAGUUCAAACAGAUUUCUCAAGCUUAUGAAGUGCUUUCUGAUGCAAAGAAAAGAGACUUGUAUGACAAAGGUGGAGAACAAGCCAUCAAAGAGGGUGGUUCUGGUGGUGGCUUUGGUUCUCCAAUGGAUAUCUUUGACAUGUUUUUUGGAGGAGGUGGAAGAAUGCAAAGGGAACGGAGAGGUAAAAAUGUUGUUCAUCAGUUGUCAGUGACCUUGGAAGAUUUAUAUAAUGGUGCAACAAGAAAACUGGCUUUGCAAAAGAAUGUAAUUUGUGAUAAGUGUGAAGGACGGGGUGGUAAAAAAGGAGCUGUAGAAUGCUGUCCCAAUUGCAGAGGUACUGGGAUGCAAAUAAGAAUUCAUCAGAUAGGACCUGGAAUGGUUCAGCAAAUUCAAUCAGUUUGCAUGGAAUGCCAAGGGCAUGGGGAACGAAUCAGCCCUAAAGAUAGAUGUAAAAGCUGUAAUGGAAGGAAAAUAGUUCGAGAGAAGAAGAUUCUGGAGGUUCAUAUUGACAAGGGCAUGAAAGAUGGUCAGAAGAUUACAUUCCAUGGUGAAGGUGAUCAGGAACCAGGACUUGAGCCAGGAGAUAUUAUCAUUGUUUUGGAUCAAAAGGACAAUGCUAUAUUUACACGACGAGGUGAGGACCUUUUCACAUGUAUGGAUAUCCAGUUGGUUGAAGCAUUGUGUGGCUUUCAGAAACCAAUAACAACUCUUGAUAAUAGAACUAUAGUCAUUACUUCCCAUCCUGGUCAGAUUGUUAAACAUGGAGAUAUCAAAUGUGUGCUGAAUGAAGGUAUGCCAAUUUAUCGUCGACCUUAUGAGAAAGGAAUUCUAAUAAUUGAAUUUAAGGUAAACUUCCCAGAAAAUGGCUUUCUUUCAUCAGAUAAGCUAUCUUUCUUGGAAAAGUUGCUGCCUGAAAGAAAGGAAGUAGAAGAGACUGAAUAUAUAAAUCAGGUAGAACUGGUGAAUGUUGACCCAUCUCAAGAAAGAAGCAGCCAUUACAAUGGAAAUGUUUAUGAGGAUGAUGAGCAUCAUCCCAGAGGUGGGAUGUCAAUGUCAAACCUCUUAAUGGGGGCCAGAAAAUACUCUUCGUUGUAAUGCUGGCUUUUGUAUGCAAUAGUGAAUGAGUGGAGGACUACAAUCAUCUUACAACACUCACUAGUAGCUAUUGUUUUUGUUGUAAUAUUCAAAUAUAGCUGUGUUUUAAAAAGUUAAUAAAGUCAGUAAUAUAAAAUGCUGACUUUGCAGUUUAUCAUGUUUAGUGUGCAAGAUAUUUUAAUAUCAUUGAUUAUUUCCCUAUGGUAAAGAAGCGCCCAAGCAUUUUUUCAUAACUUGUACUUUUUGUUUCAGUGUGUAUAUGCAGUGGCUUAGACUGAGGUUUGAUUCUUGAUUGACUAAAUGUACACACAAGCAUUUAUGAUUGUUAAGCUCUAAAAUUAAAAUUUUGUACUGAAUUCACCAUCAGAAAACUUUAAUAUGUUGAUGUUUUGGUCUAUAUGGUUGUUUGUCAUGUUGAGUUUUAUUGUUAUACUUAUGCUGUAUUGGCUAGGUGUUGUAUGUAUUUAACAAAUAAUUUUGAUUACAUGUUGGUAUGCCAGGGGUAAAUUUAAAACCCCAAUCUUUAGGAAGACAUUGUAUUUAAUUUACAGUUAACCCAAAUCUGAGGGUUUAGGGUUUUGGAAUGAAUUCCUUUCUGUUUUGCUAUUAUGUUGUUAUUUUAAAACAAUGCUAGUCAAAAACCACCCCUACCUCUGGCUCUCUAUUCACUGUAUUAGGAACCCCAAUGUUUAUAUUUGGGGAUUGCUUGAUUUGGGAACUGGACUGUGGAAGAAAACGUUGUUUGGAGAAUGCAGGGUGACAGCCACCUAAUGUUAAUUUUGCUCUACUUAGACUUAAUUUGUUUUUACUAGAUCACAAACGAUCUUUUGUGUACGGUAAAUGGAAGAUGAGAGCCAUUCGUUUUAGGUUUUAUUUUGUGUUAUCCUUAGGUUUAAUGUCUCAACUAGUUUAAUGUUUGACCAGGUUGCAAGUAGUAAUUGUAAAUGUUUUGAAGAUUUAUAUCUCCAUCAUCAAGAUAUAUAAGCAAUCUGUAAAUGGUAGAAACUAAGUUAUGUCCAGGCAUCUUUAUGACAUUGUAAUUUCAAUUUAUUAGCAGGUUUUCAGGAGAAAGUGUGGAGAAACCUGCUUUGGUAAAUAAAAUGUUGAUGUAGGAUGGCACAGAAAUUUGAUAUUGGGCCUAUAUAAACAAAAAAUUCGAGUACACACCAUCUCAUUCAAAUUGCUUACUGAGAAUGAAGAGUAAAACUACAAUAAACAUAACCAAUGUUACUCCAAAAGUAA